CUGACAACCAUCACUCGCUAACACAGCAAAUCACACUCUCUUUUCCCAAGUAAUCCACUCUCACUCUUUACUUUUUAAGACUUACUUUUUAAGACUUACUUUUUUAUUCCAAAUCCGAAAAUCAAAAUGCGCUUCUCUAUUGUCUUCCUCGCUGGCACUGCCGCUCUUACCAACGCUGCGGCUGUUCCUCAUCCCCCUCAGGGUUCCAAUGCUGUUGCCAUUCCUGUGGCGGCACUUGAUGUGCUCAAUGCUUCUCCUGUGAAAGUUGGUAUCAAGACCAACGUUGAUGUCGACGCCGAUGCUGAUGUUGAUGCUGAUGUUGGUGCUGAUAUCGAUGCCGACACCGAUGCUGAUGUCAACACCGACGCCGACGCUCACCUGCAGAAGCGCCGCGCAGGAGCUCGUCUCAACGGUGCCGCCGAGGGCAUUGGAGCCGGUGCCUCAAUCGCCGGAGCCAUGAGCGGCCUCCUCCAAAAGCUCUUCCCCAUCAACAACUGGAACUCCGCCCGUGAGACCUUCACCCAGUCCACCGUCGACGCCAUGUGGGCCAGGAACCCCGACCGAAACCGCUGGGUCGCAGCUGUCUGCUACAACAUGAAGUGGGACGUAGCCAACCGCGGCGGAAUCUCCGAUGUUGCCAGUGUCAAGCUCUCCAUGGGCGCUCUCAACACCGAUUACGACUGCUUUUAUAUUGGUCGCCACAACUCGCUCUGGACUCGUGGUGAUGGUGGAUACAUUAACCUUGCCGUCGUAUCCGACAACAGGUUCUGCAGUUUUGACGGCCGCACCUCCGACCUUGACUGCCGGUAAAUAAUCUACGACUAUUUACGCGAUCAAGAAUGACACAUGGAGUUGGUACACAACACAACUAGACUAGACUAGAUUCCUUGGAACUUUUCCUUAUUCUUGCUAUACUUUCGUGGACGAUAGAGGUUUGGUGCCGAAGAAGCUUCCUCUGGAUUCCUCAUGGCUGCUGUAAUCACUCUUUUAAUAUAAUGUGUUUUUGUGUUUACC